UCCGCGAGAAAGUCGCCGCACGACACCACCGAGCUGCAAGUGUCUGCGUAUAUAUUCCAGCUCUCCAAUCUACGGCAUCACACUAGUCUGGUGGCAAACGUGACCAAACAAGUGAUCAAAACCCCAUCAGCAUUGCAGACCACACUCCACGCCCAAAGCCAAGCCUACAAGUACAGGCCUGUUCAAAGCACCCAUAACCGACAUCUCAGCCCUGCCGACAAAGCAACCAUGGCGAACAGCAUCACCCUCCAGAACCAGGACUACUUCAACAAGGAGGCCGCCACAUACGACUCGCGGCAUGCCGACCUGAUCCAGAGGUUGACGACAACGAUCCGGGACAACGUCGACUUUAUCGGGGCAGACUGGAAGACUUCAAACGCCACCCCAGACGGCGAGCCGGUCAAGUUGCUCGACUAUGCAUGCGGGACGGGGAUGUUGUCCAGGACCCUCGGUGACUACGUCGACCAGUGCAUCGGCAUCGACCUCUCCCCCCAGAUGGUCGAGAUCUACAAUACCCGCGCCGCGGAAGAGAACAUCCCCUCGGCAGCACGCUACGCCGUUCAAGGCGACCUCGCCGACCCGUCAGACCCCAGCCCGGCUGCCCUCACCGGCCCAGAGUUCUACGGCUUUGCCAUCGCUGCGGUGGGCGGCGGCUUCCAUCACUUCGCGCAUCCGGGCCUCGCGGCGACACGGAUCGUCGAGCGCCUCCGGCCGGGCGGCGUGCUGGCCAUCUGGGACUUCUUCCCACAUGCUCACGACCACGACGACGGCGACAACCAUGGCCAUGACCACCACGGGCAUGGCCAUGGACAUGGACAUGGUCACGACCACGGCCACCACAAGCACACCCACAACCCCGACACCACCGGGGAUGACGAGGCCACCACCACCACUACCGCGGCCCACAAGUCCGAGGAACGCGACGGAACGCACACAAUCACCAAGCACGGCUUCAGCGAGCCCGAGCUCAGGGACAUGUUCACCGCCGCCGGCGCGGGCCACGAGUUCGCGGUGCUCGACAUGGGUCACUACAGCUUCAAGAGGGACGGGCAGCGGGAGAUGAAGCGACGCAUGUUCCUCGCAAAGGGCCGCAAGGGGCGGGACUAGGGCGGCUGGUGACGGUGGUGAAGGUGGUAGUGGCGGUGCUUUCCAGGGUCGACCUCGCUCUGAGUGUAUAAAACACUGAAGACAGAGAGAGCCGGUAUCAGAUCGAGGCUUAUCAGUGACGCCUGUUGGGUUUCACCGACCGAGAUGAAUGCUGGCGAGAAGAAAAAAAGGUCUCGUAUAGAUCACACGGAGAUAUGUAGAUUUUGGCAACUGCAUGGCUCGUCUUGGCUGCCCUUCCCAACCCGGACUCAACCACUGCCCCGAAUGUACUUGAGAGUUAAGCUGAGCCCGUGAUCCAGCGCUCUAGAGCUACGACGGCGGCACGUCCAUCCGCCGACGGAACCCAGUUACAGCCUUGCGUACACGCUUUGAAGGUGGCGUUUCUUUUGUUUGGUGUAUCGUAAGAAGGCUUCAUCGUGU